ACGUCCGUCUCGUUUGCAGGUGCAGUCCAGGGAGCGGCGUGCAAGAGCGGAGCGGUCCGCGGGCCUACCGGCCGCUCGGCCAAUGGUAGCCUGCAGUCGGCCACGUUUCAAGGUGGCAGGGCGGCUUGUCAUGACACGUACGUGUCGUGCGGGAAAACGUCGGGCCGCCGUGAGGAGCGAUCGCCGCCGGCAGGAUGCAGAUGCUACGGCAGCUGGACGUGCACCCGAAGGUGCGCGAGGAGGCCGAUAUCCUCGUGAGGACCUUCAGCGGUGCCAUCGUUACAAUCAUUAGUACAAUCAUCAUGGGCAUACUGUUUUUGUCAGAGGUAAACUAUUAUCUUACACCAACUAUGAGCGAGGAAUUAUUUGUAGAUACAUCCAGGGGUUCUAAACUGAGAAUCAACUUGGAUAUAAUAGUCCCCGCUAUAUCUUGCGAUCUUUUGUCGAUAGACGCGAUGGACACGACGGGCGAGCAGCAUUUGCACAUAGAGCACAAUAUUUUUAAAAGACGGCUAGACCUGAACGGUAAACCCAUAGAGGAUCCACAGAGGACAAAUAUCACAGACGCGAAGGCCGUCAGUAAAACUACAGAGAAGGCAGUGGAGAUCGGUACAACCACAGAGACCUGUGGAGACUGCUAUGGAGCGGCCACGGAUACUAUGAAAUGCUGCAACACCUGCGAGGAGGUGUGGGAGGCCUACAGACGCAAGAAGUGGGCUCCGCCGGAUCCGGCAGAUGUCAAACAGUGCCAGAACGACAAGUCCAUGGAGAAGCUGAAGCACGCCUUCACGCAAGGCUGUCAGAUCUACGGUUACAUGGAAGUGAACAGAGUCGGCGGUAGUUUUCACAUCGCGCCGGGCGCCAGUUUCUCCGUCAAUCACGUUCACGUGCACGACGUUCAACCCUACACCUCGUCCCACUUCAAUAUGACGCACAAGGUUAGACACCUGAGUUUCGGGCUGAACAUCCCGGGGAAGACGAAUCCUAUGGAUGGCAUGACCGUAGUCGCCAUGGAUGGCGCUAUGAUGUUUUACCACUACAUCAAGAUCGUCCCGACGACGUACGUCCGCGCGGACGGCUCGACCCUCCUCACGAAUCAGUUCUCCGUAACGCGACACUCGAAGCAAGUGUCCAUGCUCACCGGCGAGUCCGGGAUGCCGGGCGUAUUCUUCAGCUACGAGCUCAGCCCGCUCAUGGUGAAGUACACGGAGAAGGCGAACUCGUUCGGGCACUUCGCGACGAACACUUGCGCGAUCAUCGGCGGCGUCUUCACCGUCGCCGGUCUGAUCGACUCGCUGCUCUACCAUUCGGUGCGCGCGAUACAGAGGAAGAUAGAGUUAGGGAAAUACAAUUGAAGACUUUGGGCCCCGGCGCAGCGUCGAUUACCGCCGAUCCCGCGGCUCUUGCCCUUGCCCUCUCGCUCGGAUACGUUAAAAUCUACCGGCAACGUAUUGUCCACCGAGAACGCUGACAGUGGAUUGGGAUUGGCGUUAACCGUUGGUGCGACACAGCCUUAGGCGAAUAAUUAGGUUACUGUUAACUAACAAAAGGCGUUAUUAAAGAUACUUGACUUUCUGUUGGCGACUAAAUCUUCACGGGGUGCAUAUUUUCAUCGCGCGUUUCGUAAGACUAUUCCCAUCUCGCGUUUGUAUUAUGCAUAUAUUAAAUGCAGUAUGUUCUUCGUGCAAUGUAAAAAAACUAAAUUACACAUAGAUUGUUGCGCAGUGGCGUAUGCGUCACCUACUUCACUUUUUAUUUAAAAGAUGAUCGUGAUUUUAACGAGUGCGAUGUAAAAAAACACUUAUUUAUACGCGAUGUACAUAAAAACCAGCAAAAUAUAUAUGAAAUUUGCCUAUUG